UCUGAGACAGUUGUUUAAAGGGACCGGAUCGGGUUUUCCCCCCAUUUUCUCUUCUCCUGACAUGAGAAUGCAUUUCGUUUCAGUUAUCCUCACACCAUAUCAAAUCUCUGAGAGAGUAGAGAGAGAGAGAGAGGGGGGGACACAAAUGGUCUCUCAAAAGAACAGAGGAAAACUCCAACUUGCAUACAUCCAAAGAAAUUAAUGAACCAUUCUUCAUUGUAUGGGCCUUCGUCUUCGUCUUCUUCUUCUUCCACACAAAUGCCGUCUCCACACAAAUCAUCAUCACCUUCUCCCGUUUUGGAUGAUGCUGAGGAGAACACACAGGAUGUGAAUGUCCCUAUUCCUAGUCUUAAGGAUUCUGCCUCUGAGAUUCAGCCGGAGAACAGAGCACCCUCUGCUCCCGCCGAGUGCGCCGUCGAGGUGCCCGACCUCGAGCGUGGGGCUCCACAGCCGGAGGAGGAGGGCCCCGUAGCCAAGGACGAGAGGGACUGCAGGAUAUGCCACCUGAGCCUGGUUGGAUCGAACCAGGACCCCAUUGAGCUCGGUUGCGCUUGCAAGGAUGACUUGGCGGCGGCCCACAAACAGUGCGCCGAGGCUUGGUUCAAGAUCAAGGGCAACUUAACUUGCGAGAUAUGUGGAUCAGUCGCGUGCAAUGUCUCGGUAGCAGAUAAUGAUUCCGAGCCACUGCAUCGGUGGGACAUUGAGGCACCCGAACCAACGGCUGUUAUCACGAUUCCGGUGAUCAUACAGCCAAGGCAGAGCCGGAACUUUUGGCCCGGUCAUCGGUUCCUGAACUUCCUCCUUGCGUGCAUGGUCUUCGCGUUCAUAAUCUCUUGGCUCUUCCAUUUCAAUUUCCCCUCGUCUGAAUCGCUGUGAAAUUCUCAAGUUCAUUCGACCGUGCCACGAUAAGGGACAACAACGGCCUAAUAAGUGCAGAAGCGCAUCACGCUCUACACUGUGUUUUGGACGAAGGCAGAAUAUAUAUAUAUAUAUAGUCGGUCAUCAAGUCGGUUGAAUAUGCUUCUAUAAGGAAAGACUGUAAUUCGCAAUUGUUCCAUCGUGAUGUAAAGAAUCUUGAUGUUAUUGUUUAAUUAAUGUCAUUAUUUCCAGAUUGAGAAU